GGUUGCAUUUUUUAAAGGAUUUCAAACUUUCGAAGACAAGUCCAGUGCCAUUAAGAGUAUUGGUGUCUGUUCUAAGCUUGGUAAGAUGAUCAAGAGUACGCUCUGGCCUGGCAUGAAACUUGCUGUUGGAAAACAGGAAUAUAAAGACAUUAUUGAAGCAAGUUUGGGAAUUCACUGCCUGUUUGAUGAAGCUGUGCUGGAAGUAAUGUGGGGCUUGAAGAACCUUAUCAAGUUUUUAGUGCCUGAUGAAGAAUUAGAACUGACUAAUGAGGACUGCCUCCAGAUUAGCCAAGGAAUGAAACUGGUCCUGGAUCGUUAUGGCUUUGAGGUUGAUGCCAGCUUGGUUAAUUCAGGCAUCAUUGAUAUGGCAUCUACCGUGUAUGAAUGUGAUCUUUUUGAGGAUGCACGUGUUGCAUCGUUGCAGAAUGGUAGCAAGCAGCUUGAAGAGGUAUCAGGAAUUGACUCUAAGAAUUGGGAUAGACUGAAACUUGCAACAGCUCUCAAGUUGAUAUGUUAUCCUAAUGAUGAAAUUGUGACUGGCGAUUCAGAAGAGAUGCUGUCAAAGUCUGAGGCAGAACAAUUGGUGCCGACGGUCCUCCUCCUCGCGCGUGGAUCCCGUUGAUGGGGCGGU